AUGAGUGGAUGUCCGUACUUCCAGAAGAGAGUCCUAGAGACCAACGAUGAGGAGAGGGAUGACUCUCAGGAGGGAACCAACAAAGCCAGUAAAGGAGGGAUCAUCUAUAGAGAAUACCUGCAGCUGGAUAAGAUUGUGGCUGCUCAAUCUCUUCAAAGUGAAUUGAAAGGCAAUAAGAUUCAUGAUGAGCACCUAUUCAUAAUAACCCACCAAGCAUAUGAGUUGUGGUUUAAGCAGAUCUUAUGGGAGCUGGAUUCAGUGAGGGAUAUCUUCAUAAGUGGAGACGUGCAAAAUGGACGUAACAUGUUGAAGGUGACCACACGCACUCACAGAAUCAUCACAAUCUUCAGACUCCUGGUGGACCAGUUUUCUAUUCUGGAGACGAUGAGUGCUUCGGACUUCUUUGACUUCAGGGGGUACUUGGUUCCAGCCUCUGGCUUCCAAAGCUUGCAGUUCCGUCUCCUGGAGAACAAGUUCGGCGUUCCCAAUGAGCGGCGGGUUCCCUACAACCGGCAGCACUACCGGGAGAACUUCCAUGGCCAGGAGAGAGAGAUGCUCCUCCGCUCUGAGCAGGAGCCCACGCUGCUGCGGGUGGUGGAGCAAUGGCUGGAACGUACCCCUGGCCUUGAGGAGAAAGGAUUCAACUUCUGGGGGAAACUGGAGGCCAACAUCACUGAGGAACUUAAGGGGGGAAGACAGAAACUAGAGAUGAGACCAGAGUCAGAGGACAAAGAUGAGCAGAUGGAGGAUUUCAUCAAGCAGAGAGACCUGUUUGCCUCCCUGUUUGAUGGACAAAGACAUGAAGACCUGAUGAGAAAAGGUGAGCGACGGCUCUCAUAUAAAGCUUUGCAGGGCGCGCUCAUGAUCUACUUCUACAGAGAGGAGCCUCGCUUCCAGGUGCCGUUCCAGCUGCUGACCUCCCUGAUGGACAUUGACGCCCUGAUGUCCAAAUGGAGAUACAGCCACGUGUGCAUGGUGCACAGGAUGAUUGGCAGUAAGAUGGGAACAGGUGGAUCCUCAGGGUACCAUUACUUGCGUUCCACCAUAAGCGACCGUUACAAGGUGUUUGUGGACCUGUGUAACCUGGCCAACUUCCUGGUGCCACGCCACUGGGUGCCCAAGCUCAACACUACGGGGGACUCCGUCCUCUCCACCACCGACACCAGCUGUGACAGCUCCUACUGCAGUAACAGCAGUGAAGACUCCGAUUAGACAUGGGGGACAUUUUAUUUAUUGAUUUGUGACUUUAUGUUAAUGUUGAUGACUGGCAGUGAGCUCUCAUCAAUAACCUUUUUGUAUUUAGUUUUUAUUUUUCUGAAAACCGAACCUGUAGUCAUAUUGUAUCGUAUCGAUAUCGAGAUAUCUGGCAUGAAUAUCGAGAUAUGAAAUUACAGUACCUCGUAAAUAACCUUUAUGUAAAAUCUUUACAAUAACUUGUGUAUUUUCAUAUUUUGUAGUGAUUUAACCCUAAUUGUA